AGGAAUCAGCACAUUUGCCAUGCUAAAUGGCACUCUGCCCUUCACUGUGGAGCCAUUUAACAUCAAGCAACUUCAUCUCAAGAUGGUUAAUGGAGAAAUGAAUCCCAUCUCUUCCAACAUUUCCUCUGGAGCUGUUCAUUUCAUGCACUCUUUGCUUGAACCUGAUCCAGGGAAGCGACCUACUGUUAAAGAGGCAAUGAAAGAGAAAUGGCUAAAUGAUAAUAAUAUCAACAAACCACCAAAUCUGUUCAUGUAUAGAAAUAGGCUUCACCCCAAUGAAUUGAAUCCUGUUGUUUUGAGUUACAUGACAGAAACAAUGGAGUUCAACCUUUCAGAUGUUGUGACUGUCUUGAUUAAAAACAAGCCAUCUUCUAUCAUGGCUACGUAUUACUUAUUGCUGAAGAAAUUAAUUAGGUAUCAGAUGGCACACAAGACAGAAAAGAAAGAACAUGAACCAGAAAAGUUUCAUGGUGAACAUCCUGGAAGCAUAAGUCAAGAUGCAGGUGUUCCGGUUUUUCAGAAGACAAAAAUGGUUAUAGCAGAAAAAUGGAAAAGUGGCAACAAUGAAGCAGAAAUGCCAUAUGCUACCAAGGAAGAUGAAGUUGCAGUUAUUCUUGAAAAUCAAGAAAUCUUACCAGAAGUUUCCAAGUUUGCAGGCAGAGAAUUGAUUUAUCUUGAUCUCCCUAAAUCUCCACAUAAUUCAUGUGGGUCAUUCAAUCAGACACAACUUGAACCACGGGAAAAUGAAGAAGAUGUUAAAAAUUGGACAGAAGUAAGAAAAUUGUAUUUAUCAGAAAAGCCACCUUCUGCUUUAAGAAAUAACCCAAUAUAUGCUGUGAAUCAUGAGGCUGAGAAGUCCUCCGUAUCACAUAUAUGUAGACUAACGCCAAGAUCAACAAAUGAAAACAGAAUAGUAGAUCAAGAUCCUGUGGUUUUUCCUGACACAAAAAUCAAAGAUCUCCUGAAAGCAAUGAAUGAGAACCUUCUAGCUCCAAAGUGGCAGCAUCAAGAAAGAAAAAGUUCUGCUUUUCUGGUUAUGGAAACACCACAACUCUCACCUUUACCAAGAUUGAAACAAGGUGCUACAAAGGAUCCCGUUAUAAAAAAGUUCUCAUGGUUGGAACGAUCACAGCAGGAGUCCACUGGCUCACCUUUUUUUGUUAGUGUUUCAAGACCACCAGUUUUCCCAGUGCCACAGGAACAUACUUCUAUGGUAAGAAGUUUGAGGCAAUCUAAAGAAAAGUCCAAUGACUUUUUUAAAAAUGAUAAAAUUAAAAGGAAUGUUCAACUCAAAUACACACCUAAGGAUGCAGACUUAAAUCUUCCCACAUUAUCUCCACCAUAUCAGACAACAUCAGGGAAAAAGUCUGAGAUGUUAAGGUUAGAUUUUGCAUGA